AUGGCUUCUGCCAGGAAGGUGACUGAGAAGCGGCAUCACCCAGUGGAAAGCAUCUGUAGAAAAAUCAGAGCCAUUCAAAGGAGAGAAGAGCUUUCCAACCCAAUUCAACAGAUUAUCAAAUUCCAACCCAGCAGUUUGGAUAGUCCACAGGCUCACAGCAGGGAAGAUUUGGAGGCAGUACUGAAGAAAAUGACUACCCCCAACACUCACUCCUCAGGUUCGGAGGAGAAUGAUGCCUUGGUUCCAUCUCCUCACACCGUGUCUGCAAGAACCACAUCCACUUCUCAUCCCAGCUCCCCUGAGAAAGCAUCAUACUCUGUUAUCCUUACAAAUUCUGAAAAUAUCUCAGGGCCAAGAUGGCAAAGCUCCCAGAAUUAUAUAUCAUUGGUAUCCCAGAUCAGAAAGGGGGAACCCUUCUCUAAUAAGGAUUUGAAUAAAUAUUGUAAUGAAAAUCAUUUUAGUACCUUAACACUUGACUUGGAUGCCAUCUCCGAUCAAAGCUCUAAAGUUUUUACUCCUCAGGAUUCAAUGGUGAAAAAAUGGUCUUGGAAUGAAAAUGGAUGGAAACCAGGACCUGAUGAUGGCACGGAUGGUGCAACCUACAGCAGGAACAGGACCUGGGAAGGAGAGUUCUUCACCAGCAUUUUUCAUGCCUGUGACACAAAGGGCAGAGGCUCAGUAAGAAUUGCCAAAAUAAUAGACUACCUGAGACAAAUAACUAAUCAAGAUUCUGAAGACGGUGGCUUUGAGGAGCUAGGGAACAUGCUUGGUCCCGGACACAGAGACCUGCCUGUGGAUCUGGAGACGUUCUGCACCAUCAUGGAGGACUGGACGGCUUGCUGCCGAAACAAAUGGGGAGGAGUGACUAGUGGAUCGGGCAGCAGCAUUGAUGCUUCUGUUCUUGAACAGGACAACAUAUCAUCAGGGGGAGCAACUAAUAUGACCACAGAUACAACAGAGUCUACAUCACGGAUCUUCGAGGCUAUGGGCGGGGACGUGUCUAAAGGAGUCUUAGAGGUGUCUGAUUUGAUUACCUAUGUAGCGGAACUGCAUUUCAACAAGCAGAAAUUAGAGAAGGAAAACAGUAAGUUUAAGUUGGCAGUGGAAACCUUGGAAGAAGCUAAUGGCCAAUUAUCCAAGGACUGUACUGAAUUGCGCCUGCAGAUAAAAAGUGCCCACCAGGCUAUUAUGAGAACAAAUCUGUUAAAAGAAGAGCUAGAGGAACUGAGAACUAGUAUGAAUGCUUCAGAAGAGCAGAAGACUGCAAUUGUAGCGCAGAACAAACAAUUAGAGACAGAAAACCGGUCUCUGAUUCUUAAGAUUCGGAAUCUCCAAGAGGAGAAUACCAAGAAUAUUAUGGAUAUAUAUGCACUGGAACAGAAUAUUGAGGAGUUGUCUAAAACUGACACAGAGCACCAAAUGCAGUUACAAAUGUAUGAGAGCACUUUGCUUAAUAAAGAUGCAAGUUUGCAGAAGAAGGAUUUAAGAAUAGAAGAACUUAAGUCAACUAUCAUAGAAUAUGGGAUCAUUAUAGAGAAUUUACGAAGAGAUAAAAACAAACUGGCUUGUGAGUUACAGCACUUGCAACAGGAACUCAUCAGGAAUGGGAUCCAAUUGAAUGUCAGUGGAGAGUGUAAGAGUCUCAUCUCUGAAGGAGAAAAAUCUUUACAUUGUGAACUCAUUCUUGCUCAGUCUGCAGAGAACACCGACGCUGAGUGGCAGUGCAAUUUAAUCAGCUUGUCAUCUCUGGACACAAUAAUGGACCAAGAGAUGCUGUUAUUACUGAGAGAACUUGAACAAAAGGGAGUGGAAUUCACAGCUAUUCUUCAGGAGCUGCAUGAAGACGUUUCCGAAGUGGAAACCCUCAUUGAUAGUUCUCUACAGUGGGUAACUAAUCCAGAAAUUACUGUGAAAGAGAAGUGGGAGAACAAGCUUACUGAAUUCAAAUAUUCCAUGGAAGAGAAACUAAAUCUUUGCAGAUUAAUGCUGAACAGCUUGGGAAACCAAAAAGAAUCUCUUGAUAAAGAGUUUGCCAAAUUGAUAGAGAUUUUGAAGAGAUUCAGGCUGGAAUAUUUUCAUUUCAGAAAAGAAUAUCUUUCCAGACAGAAACAACUAGAAGCCCUUAAACCACUGCAAGAAGAUGCUGUCAACCAGGAAGCCAUCCUCAGGAAGAAGGUCCAAGAAGCCAGUCAACGGCAGAAAGAUGCAGAGGAGCAGGUAGGGCAGCCUUUGACUAUAUUAUAUUUAGGGGAAGGCUCCUCAGAUGUCCUUAAAACCAUGAAGUAAAAAUGGAGAAGGAACAACAAAA